AACAACGCUGCAAAAUUAUUCCCCCUCUUAGCUUCGCGCCGUUCAUUCCCGGGCGCAAGCGCACUGCGCACAAAUUGUUAGCCCUGACUGGUAUCUGAACUUGCUCACAACUGUGCGUCGACCAUAUUUGUUGUUCUUAGAAGAGCACUCUUCAGAACUUUAUGCUGUGUUUUCUUUAUUUCUGACAUUUUUGUAUUUCUCUGACGUUGGCUGAAAGAAUACUGGACAAGUUCGGGUGUCAAACUGAAAAGCUAGAGGGCAAUAGGCGGAAACCGGACCUAACUGUGACAUCUAGCAGUUAAGGAUCUCAACAUGUCUUCCGAUACUAAUAUUCGAGUAUCACCAAAGGCCAAAGUGUCCCCUGCACCAUCAAGUUCAAAUAAACAACUGAAGGACAUGAUCAAAAUCUACCCAGUUAAAAUGAUCAAGAACCUCAAUACUAGUGAUGCUGUUGGCACUACCACCGUCACUAGUGCCGUCACUCCUACUGUCCCUGACCCUGGUCGUGCUGACUCCACUGCGGAUUUUUCUACGAUUGCAUCCCCAGCUGGUGCCAGUGCUGAUGGGGCAUCCAGUGUGGCAGCUGACAAACAGAAGCCUGAAACUGCAGCUCCUGCUGCAACUCCUGUGCUUGAUAAAGACGAACUGAGGAAGCUGAUUUCGGAAUCGCUUGGAUCUCAACUUGGAAACCUGAUUAACACUAUCACCAAUUCUGUGGAGGCAAAGUUAAUAUCAAAACCAAUCGCAUCUGUAAAGAAGCAGGUGCCCCGUAAAAAGAGGAAAUUAAGUACAGAAAAUAGUGCAGAAGAGAAGCCAGAGAAAAUUCCCAGCAAACCAUUGACAGCAAGGCAUGUGAAAGAGCCAGAGGUUGCCCCAAAGCCAUCAACCUCCUACUACACUAUGGGCUCUAACAAGAAGAAUACAUCAAAUGGCCAAAGCAGCGUCUUUGUUCAUUCCAACACAAAGCGAAUGGAGUACCCUCCCAAUGAAUACUCCAUCGAAGAUGUGCACAAAGCAGUUGUGGCGAUUUUCAACAAUGAGUACACGCAGAACGCCGCGGCCAAGUUGUACAAUGUGCCAAGGUCGACUCUGACCAAAAAAUUGAGGAUUGCGCGGGACCUCGGCUACGUGCCAGACGCUGAAACUUUAAACCAGGCCCGUGGUCCAAAGCCUCAGUUCUCAAUCGCAGCUGAAAACUCUUUGAAGGAAUUCAUCUUUAGCAUGUUCGAUCGCAGUUUUUCUGUCCCUGAGAGCUGCAUGCGUGAUUCAAUUGUGGAUAUUGCCGUCGAAUUGGGCGAAGUUGAAGGUUUGAAGAAGCCAAGCGGUGCUUGGCGCCACCGCUUCAUUGGCAGGCACCAAGGGCUCAAAGAAAUUCUUGAUGAAAACAAAAAAGAAAAUUCUGAUGAGGCCAUUCAUGCUUGGUACACAAAUCUUUGGAACCGUCUGCAAGGGAUGGGCAUCGAAUCCCUGCUAGCCCAACCUGAACGCGUGUUCACCAUAGAAGAAAUCGCCUUGCCAAUUACAGAGAAAAAGAUUUACCGCAGAAACGAGUGCAAAUGGUACUAUUGCACAGACAAACAAGCUGUUCGACAUGCGUGCAUUUGCUUCAACGCUGCUGGUAAAAUGACUCCUCCGUUCAUCACCUUCCCUGAACGCAACAAGGGGUUCCGUGGUGCUCAAGGGGUGUGGACCACAGUGGCUCCCAUUGGCUGGUUCAGUGCCGACACUAAAUUUGACCAUAUUCAGCAGCUGAGGAAGUACUUGGUUGACAUGAAACUGCUGAACCCACAUGACAACCAUCAGAAGGUUCUCCUCUUCCUGGAUGGACAAGCCAGUUCUAUCACUUACAAAUACUUCAAGUUUUGUGAGGAUGCAGGGAUCAUCUUGUGGAGUCUACUGCCAAAAUACAAAACAAUCAAACUGCCUGCUGAUCGUGUUGUCGAGGUCAUCCGGAAUGAAUGGCCACAAGUGUUGAAUCGACACUACCUUGACCCUAACAACCUGUCCUCUUUGCAAUUUUCAAACGUGUGCAAGGAAGCGUUAGAAAAGCUGACCAGGUCUCCUGCAGUGAUGAAAACAUCAUUCAAAGAAUGUGGGAUCGUGCCUUUUAGCUUAGAUGAGGCUGCAGCCACCCAGAAAAUUCCGUGUACUUUGGCUGACCUGGCAUUAGAAAUAGAAGUUGAUGAGCAGCUAAACCAAGUCCGUCAAGUUGACGAACAAGCACUUGUCGGAGGAUUCAACUUCUUCUGUUCAUUCGUGCCUGCUAAAAAGUUGAAAGAGUUUGAGAGUGGGAAGGGAACAGGAAAGCUGUACAAGAUUUGGAAAGAUUGGAGCAAAAUGGUCAACGAUCAUGUUUCUGGCCUUGGAGUAGCUUUGCAUGAUGAAUAAAUUGUAUUGGUAACUCCCUGGA